UCAUGCCGAAGAGGAGGCAACCUGCAAACCUCAGACAAACCUGUACACUAUAUAUUGCCUCAAAUUUUAAAGGAAUAUGGUGGAAAGAUUACCUGGACAACUUUGGGGAUACACAAGUUUUACACGUGCUUGGGCCAUUUGAUACACUUCCAAGUGGGGUAAUUGAAGAUAUUAUCAAUACAUUGGAAGAGAAGGGCAUUCUUAUUGGAAAAUACUUCCAGAUUCUGCUCACUGACAGACUUCGACACUUACAUCUCAGGGGAAGCACGAUUACAAACCAGUUGGUUAAAAUCCUUGCACUGAAAUCACAGAAAUUGGAGAGCUUACAUUUGAAGUAUGCCAACAAAAUUUCCAAUAAUCUGUUGAUAAAUGUGGUGGAAAAUUUACCAGCUGUAAAAGAACUGGACCUUACCUGUACAAAGUGUAACGAUGCCAUGAUGAAAAUAAUAAGUUUAAAUUGUCCCCAGUUGUGCAGACUUUCGAUUAGUGGUUGCCCAGAUGUUACAGAUAAAGGUAUACACUUCCUGUGUUCUGGCAAAACACCAAAGUUACAGUAUGUGUCCCUUGUAGAUUCAGACACAUCUGAUCAGUCUGUUUAUCAUUUACUGCGAGCCUAUCCUGGAUUGAUAGAGGUGGAUUUGGACAUCAAUAUUAAUGGGGUAGCCCAAGUCAUUGAGGAAGAUAUUCUAAAUGGGAGGACAGAGAGCAAGUAUGGAAUCCAAAAACUCAAUUGGCAGACAUCAGUACCCUUUACCACUAACACAUCUUUAAUUGUUGGCCACUGUCCUUAUGUCUAUGAUGUUACAUGUGAUGGAGUCAUUGCAGCUGAUAUUUUGAAGAAUAUAGCAUCAUUUAAAAGCAUGAAAAAAUUAAACCUUGUUUAUGGAAUUGAAAGAAUGGGACAUGAUUUAAAGGAGUUUGUUCAGUUUUUGCAGAUCGUAGGGAAUCAACUGACUGAUUUGAGUAUAAGUAACACGGGCUUUAUGCCUUUGAGUGAAAUUGGGAUGUUCUGUUUAAACUUGAAACACUUGUCAAUAUUUUGUGAUGAAGACUUCACCCAACAAGAUGCCUCUGCAGUCACAGAACAUUCUCUCCAUUCUGGGAGUUUUAAAAAAUUAGAAACUGUUCAUAUAUUUGAUAACUUAAUAUUAGCUUCAGAACAACAUGUUACUUUUCUGCUGUAUCAAGCUGAAAACCUACAGAAAUUAUACUUUGAAAAUUGUAAAGGAAUUACAUCAUCAGGAUUACAAGCGGCAUAUCAGCAGCAUGGCUUCAAACACUUGAAGUUUCUGGGACUGACUAAUUGCCCUGUUGUUGAUGAUGUCAGUGUGUUUAAGUUGCUUUUAGAAACUGAGAAUGAAUUAACCCAUUUAAGUCUUAUGCGAUGUUUUAACAUCACACAGGCACACAAUGAUGAGCUUACAGCAUGUCUAAAGAAAGGGAGAAAUUGGGACAUAGAAUAUGAUUGGGAUUAAAGUUGCCUAUUGUUACCUGUAUUUUUACAGUACACAAGUACAUGUAUUCUAAAUUGUAUUUUUUUUAUUCAGUAUAGUUGAUUUUCAGUGUCAUGUACUAUUGUACUUGUACUGAGUUUUUGCAAAUGAUGCAUAUUUUUAACAUUAUAUUUAUCCACAGAUUACAGAUUUACAUUCUGUCUUUAUGAUACAGUAUAUACCAGUACAUUGUAGUAUUAGUUUAUUGUACUCUGUAACCGAGAUUAA